UCAAAGCAACAUCUGCUGCUGCUUUCAAAACAGUUUAAUCCUAGACAGAAACUCGAUCUCAUCUAACGUCUAAUUCUGCUCUAAAUGCGCUCCAAAAAUCCACUUUAUAUUUUGUUAAUUGCUCUCCUCUGUGGUGUAACCACCACCCAUGGCUACCCCAAGAUCGAUAGCCCAUGGCGCCAACUGAAUGAUCUUGGCUUUGCGAAUGGUCCCUAUGCUGAUGGGGAUGGCGAAUACCGGGAAAAUUGGGCAGGCAUCACCGUCAGUCCGGACUGCAUAACCCUAGAGCCCACUGCCCAGAAUCCGCCCAUGGAACCCACUGGAGCACUGACCACAACUACGACCUGUUAUCCACCCAUGGAAAGCAUUCCAGCACCGCCAACGCCACCGCCAACAUCCAUCACCGUUUGCGAAUAUCCCCAACAGGCGCCAGCAUCUCCUUCCGAGCCUUUGCGUCCAUUCUGGCAUCAGGACAAUAUUGAUGAGAGCGAGGAGCGACGCAAGGAGAUGCGCGUCAUGUUGCAACACAUCUACGUGGCACAGGCACGGGUGCAGCUGGAGGCCACGGAGAUUAAGAAGGCGCAGGGUGUGGCUUCCUCCGCGCAGGCGCAGCUGGAGGAGACGACCAAUCAGGUGCGCACCAUCACAGCCUCACUGCACACGGCCCAGCAGUCGGUGGCCGCCGCGGCCAUACGCGCACAGAUCGCUCAGCUGCAGGUGGCCGCGCACAAUCAGCUGCUGUUUGCCGCACGCCAGGACCUGGAUUCGUUGUCCUCACAGAUGGUUGGCCUGCAGGCGGCCGAGGGCAUUGUUCAGCCGAAACUCAAUGUGGAUCUGGGCGCACUUUUGGACAAGCUGAAGCAGCCGCUGCAGCAGUUUGACAGGCCAACGCCAGUGCCAACUAUUCUUGCUAAUGUGCCAGCACUUGGGUUUUAUCCGCAGCAGCAGAAGCCACAACAACAGCAGCAGCAGCAGCAGCAGAGUGUGCCGCAGUGGCAGCAGCAGAAUGGAGUAGGAGGCGGGCAGGUUCUAUCGCCGGGAGAUGCACCAACGGGUGGGCAAGGAGUUGAUCGCAGCCACAAGCCGGUUGCCUUUCCCAACGAAAUGAAUGAGGUGCCAGGUCAGCCGAAUGUCGACAAUUCGGACAGGAAGUGGUACGAUAUUUAGGUGUAACUCUGCCUCUGCAGGUUGCAUCU